UUAAUUGUUUUUGUAUGAUUUAGUUUAGAAUGGUUGUUUACCUAACAUGUUUUUGGUAUGUUAAGAAACUUGGGUGUGUCGGGUGGGAGAAAAAUAAAAUUUUCUUUUAUUUUUUUUGUUAUGUAAUUUUCUCUCUCGUCUGUUUCCUGUCUCUCUCCCUUGAUCGACUUCAAUAUCAUCUCCACGGAAAAUACAAGAUAGAAUUGAAAGGUCAUUCAGUCGGUGAUUCAGUCAGAAAGUGGAUUUUACCGGCGGCAUCACAUCUCCACCGUAAGAGACACCAUCGACGAUCUCGGUUCAUCAAUCCGAUCGCGAUUAAUUAGUGGGUUCAUCAAUCCAAUCACAUCUCCAUUGAUUCUACUGUGGAAAAAAUAGAAAGUUUCAAGCUUAUUCAAAUUGGUUAGAGUCAAGAGAAAGAAGAAAUGGAGAAAUGAGUGAGAGAAGACAGGAGUGUUCAACAACUCAUGUACUUAAGCAUUUGUGCUUUUGAUUAUCGCAGAGAUAUUUCUCCAUCAAAUAGACAGUGCUGUUGUUUUCCACAAUGCAAGCACACGAUUCUCUGAUGGUUUUAGAUUCAGAUUUGGUGCGGAGGUAGGGAAGAGAGAGACAUAUUAUAUCACAUCUAUUAAACCGAAUAGAUAGAGAAGUGUCGAUGAAUGAGUGGUUAAUGUGGGUGGUUGUUCUUAUGUAUAUGUGGGAAUAAGCACAAGCAUGAUCCAUGCCCGUGGUCCAGUCGGAGUAGAAGGAUUAUUGACAACGAGAUGGAUAAUGAGAGGAAAAGGACAAGUUGUUGAUGGAGACAAUGGAAUCGCUUACACCCGUAAGGACCUUCCUGUCUUAAAAAGGACACAGGCUGUGGAGAAUGGGAAUUAGUUCUCUGUCUUAAAAUGGAAUCGCUUACACCCUGACCCGAUGAUACGAGAAUGUUACAAAGAGUCUCUGGUACUUUUAUAAAUUGGUUUGUUUCGUCUUUGAAACUCCAUGGAACCAAUCUCAAAACAAUAAAGCAAUCUCAUUGUUUCAUGAUCGUAACCGGUUUAAACCGAGACAAUCUCAUCGUUGCCAAAUUCAUUGAAGCAUGUUCAAAUGCUAGACAUGUCCGAUAUGCUUACUCUGUUUUUACCCACCAGCCAUUUCCCAAUACGUAUCUCUACAACACCAUGAUCAGAGCUUUAUCUCUCGUCGACGAACCCAACGCGAACUCAAUCGCGGUCUCGGUUUACAGAAAGUUAUGGGCUUUGUGUUCUAAGCCUGACACGUUUACUUUCCCGUUUGUGUUGAAGAUCGCUGUUAGGGUUUCUGAUGUUUGGUUUGGGAGACAGGUUCAUGGGCAAACUGUGGUUUUUGGGUUUGAUUCAAGUGUCCAUGUUGUUACAGGUUUGAUUCAGAUGUAUUCUUCGUUUGGUGGUGGGUUGGGAGAUGCACGUAAGGUGUUCGAUGAAACGCGUGUGAGAGAUGUGAAUGUUUGGAAUGCGUUAUUAGCUGGGUAUGGUAAAGUUGGUGAGAUGGAUGAAGCAAUGGGUUUGCUAAAGAUGAUGCCUUGUUGGGUAAAGAAUGUGGUUUCUUGGACUUGUGUGAUCUCUGGAUAUGCGAAGAGCGGUCGAGCUAGUGAAGCUAUUGAAGUGUUUCAGAGAAUGCUGAUGGAGGACGUUGAGCCAGAUGAAGUUACGCUUUUGGCUGUGCUUUCAGCUUGUGCUGAUCUUGGUUCACUAGAAUUGGGUGAAAGAAUAUGUAGCUAUGUUGAUCACAGAGGGAUGAAGAGAAAGGUUCCAUUGAACAACGCUGUCAUUGAUAUGUCUGCGAAAUCAGGGAAUAUAACAAAGGCGUUGGAGGUAUUUGAGAGUGUUAGUGAGAGAAAUGUUGUUACUUGGACGACUAUAGUUACUGGACUAGCUACGCAUGGACACGGAGCUGAAGCCUUAGCGAUGUUUAACCGUAUGGUUAAAGCAGGUGUGAGACCGAACGAUGUUACUUUCAUUGCAAUCCUUUCAGCUUGCAGCCAUGUUGGUUGGGUAGAUCUUGGAAAAUGUUUGUUUAGCUCAAUGAUAUCGAAGUAUGGUAUUCAACCAAACAUUGAGCAUUACGGAUGCAUGAUUGACUUACUAGGACGAGCAGGUUUACUCGGAGAAGCAGAGGAAGCUAUCAAAAGCAUGCCCUUUGAGGCAAAUGCUGCAAUAUGGGGUUCUCUUCUUGCUGCUUCAAAUGUUCAUCAUGAUCUUGAGAUUGGAGAAAGAGCUUUGAAUCAGCUGAUUAAGUUAGAGCCGAAUAACAGCGGCAACUACAUGCUUUUAGCCAAUCUAUACUCGAAUUUAGGAAGGUGGGACGAGUCGAGGAUGAUGAGGAAGAUGAUGAAAGGGAUUGGUGUGAAGAAACUGGCUGGUGAAAGCUCCAUAGAAGUUGGAAACAGAGUGUAUAAAUUCAUUUCAGGGGAUCUUUCGCAUCCUCGAGUCGAAAAGAUUCAUGAAAUUCUACAAGAGAUAGAUUUGCAAAUACAGAGCAACAAAGUUUGAGGUAAAAAAAGCUUUGAUUUUUGAUCAGAUUGAGUUGAUCAACACAACGAAUGGCUUAGAGUCAAUGAUCAGCUUCGGAGUUAACAAGCUGAUGGUUAAUUCCGGUUCCGGUUAAACGGCAAAACAGGAGGAGAAAAUCUGCCGAAGAGUAGAGAUUGGGCCAAACCGAAGCCUGUUUUUCUUCGGGAAGGUUUCGAGUUCAUGCUCAUGCUAUGGCGGUUUGGCCCAAUAUGAGAGCCUUUUUUCCUGCAUAAAAAAGGCUUAUGUUUCCUUUUCUUCA